AAAAGACAAUUUCCCAAUGCAGCUACCAACCGCUAUCCCUUUAAAACAGCUCAGUGAUGAGAGGAAUGGGGUUGGUUGGGGGAAUGGAGGAAGCAACUCCCUCGGGCCACCCACGUGAACUCGAUAUGGACGUGUCUAUAUCUCUCAGUGCCGCGCACCAAUUACCCCCAACUCUCUCCCCCUUUUCUGGGUCUGAUUUGAUUUGAAAUGAUCGCAAAGCACUCUCCUGCCAACUGACCCAUAAUAAUAUCAACCAAUCACACAAAUCUUCGACCCUCUAAACACCCACAACUCGCCUCAUCUUCUUCCACUGAAAUCGGAUUUCAUUUCUGGGCUUCUGGGUUUCUGGGUUUCUGGGUUUGCGUCUCUGAAUCUGAUCGAUUUUCUUGUCUUCCGGAUUGAGAUGGAGGAGAAGGAACAUAACCCAACUGAGAUCAACAGUUUCUAUGCGAUUUCCAAGAAAAGAAAACUGCCAGCUGAACACUUGGGCUUGCCUUCACCAAAACAUAAACACAGCAAUGAAGCCUCCCCUUCCAAAUCUGUCUUUCUUCAUGCUGGCCUACCCGAAACAGAGCUUAUGACUGUGCAAUUCUCAAAGGGUAAUCCAAAUGUAAUGUGUAUCGACAAGGGGUCGACGCCUGAAUCGGUAAAAGAUAGCAAUAGCUUCAGCGACGAGUCCGAUUCUGUGACGUCGGUGUUCUGUGGAGUAAAAUUGGAACUGAACCAGGCUUUAUCUUGCACACAUGAUAGUUCUGAAAGCAACCAUUUCUCUGUUGGAAGUUCCACAGCAAUGGAAUCGAGCUCGACCGAACAGGAAGUAGCGUUUGCGAGAGGGGAGAACGAAAUGGAAGCAAUUCACAAAAUUCAGAAGCAUAUGCUAGAAUUGGAUAGCCAUGAAGAACAUGUAAAUGAUGAUCUUGAGCAAUGUACAGAGAAGGAACUUGAGGAUCUUUUCCAUUCGAACCAGUUGAACACGAAUACGUAUGUUCUUUCGUCGGGAAGAUGGACAGUAAACCACGAGGCUCAAUCAAGAGCUAGAACCGCAACGAUCGAUCAAGAAUUCGAGCAGUUCUUCUCCAUGUUAAUGCUGUAACUCCGAAUUGUCCCUCUUUUAGCUAGCUAAAGAGUUGCAGUGGCUGAAUCAAACUUUACAGAAACAACAAAAAAGGCAGGUUUUAUUUGUUCUUUAGAAAACAGAGAAGGAAACAGAGUAAAGGAAGCCCACUCUGUUUCCUUAAAACAGAGCACACACGACAAAGAGGAAUAAAGAAAGGAAUCUGGGGAUGUUUUAAGUUUACAAAGAUUGAAGAAAGAACAAAAGGAAAACCCAGAAAUCAACACUUUGGAAGAUCGGCUGGCGGCGGCCGUAGUUUCUGGUCGGAUUUUGGGCCGUCGAGGACAAUCCAUGCCAUUCUCAGCCCCCAGCUCGUGUGGACGUCAAAAUGGCAGUGCAUGAACCAAACCCCUGUUAACCAAAAUUUGAAUGUCAUAUAAAAAUGGAACACAUUUUGAAUGGUGAAAGAGAAAUUGUUAUCUCACCUGGGUUAUCGGCGAAGAAACGGAAGGCCAACCAGCCGCCGGCGGGAACGCCGGCAGUGUUCCUCUCAACCGGGUCAACCAGAUUGAAAUUAGCUGGAUCCUUAUUCAUGUCGAAAUUCCCAAAACCUUCUCCGACAAUAAAGAAAUUAUAUCCAUGAAGAUGGAGUGGAUGACUCUCCGCCCCCAAAAUACUCGUCCCCUGCAAAACGACUUCCACGCUCGCAUUAAACGGCAGCACUACCACACUCGUACUGUUACUCACAAAUGUAUUAUUGAGCGGCACUCCGGUGUAGUUGAAGGGAAAAACCGGCUUGGCCGGAAAAUUAGUUCGGUAAACCCCAUUAGUCCGGCGGGAGAAAUACGCCUGCAGAAUCGCCGUCUUCGGCAGAGCAAAAGAGACAUUAUUAACAGAGGCAGCGAAUUUCGUACCGUUGGGACCUUGACACGUGACGUUUUUCGGACAUGGCGCAGUUCCAAGUCCGACAGUGAAGAAAAAUUUCCUGUCGACGGUUUGUGGGACAUUUGCAGGGAAUUUAGCAUUGGCAAGAGACCGGAAUUUUCUCGAGAAAUUGGCGACGAAAUUCGUGUCGUUAAUUGCCGGGAGAUUGGGAAGUUGAGUGGCCGGAGUUCGGGUGGUGGGUGAGUCGCCGUACUGGAGGAUUCCGACGGUGGUGGAAUUGUCGAAAGUACCCUGGCCAGUGAAGUACGGUCGAGCCGCCAUGAGGAAACUUCCGUUGGUGAAAUUGGGAUUUGUUUUAAGAAGAACAUUGGAGGUUUGGCCGGGAGUGAGCAAUAUCACGUCGGUUUGAAAGGGCUUGACGUAAACGGCGUCGGCGUCGACGACGGUCAGAGAAUGGCCGGCA